AUGUCCGUCCCCCUUAUCCUCGGUGGGGCCGCAUACGGUACUCCCGAUCCCAAACAAUAUUGUGGAUUGAUUGAUUGUGAAGGGAAAAUUGAGCCCCAAGAUAAUCUUUUUUUGCCAGCGCAGGAAAUUUGCGCGGGUCUGCUCAAUGCCCACGACCAAAUUGCGACCUCGUCGGGUAUCAUUCCGCCCCACGUUCAACAACGAUUCACGAUGCAGGCCGUCAUUGCAGAGAGAGAUAUGCUCGAUCUCAUCCCAUUGCGACCUUUUUCCAAAACCGAAGCUCGUCGCAUCUCUGGGGGACUGGGAAUCGAAACGCCUCUGCAGCAUGUACCAUUUGUUGGGUAUCUUGGCUGCGCCGAGUGUCUCGCGGCACUGCACCAGGGCAUCAUCAUACUAUGA